AAACGUCAGGCACCCUUAUGAGGAACCGAAAUGUGUGUUAUUCGAUCUCGUUACAACCGUUUACGUCGGAACCGGUUCCCUACUGGAACCGAGUUUCGGUGCUCAACCCUAGUUACCAGUACCACCAUGGACAUACUGCAAGUGUGUGUUGUCGCACACUUGCAGGGGUCCUCCCACUUCAAGCUCCUUCCUGCAGCGAUACCAUACUGGCCCUGCAUCCGGGAGUGGCAUAGCCUGGUUCUACCAGACUCUCGUACUUCACUUCAUUUCAUUUCAUUUGUAUAGAGAGUAGUACUGAAGGGAAAUUCAAAUUGAGCGGAAGUAGCCUACUUAGGCGGGCGGAGCCAGGCUAGGAGUGGCACGGUCUGUCCUUGGAGGAUUUGGACAUGGAGAAUAUCGUUGCCGCUUGAGGUAGUCCUGCGACGAGUUUCCAACCCGCAUUUCACAUGCAGAUCAUGUUUAUAGUCUACAAAUGCCGAGGGAAAUAAUUAAAAAGUACAAAAAUUGACCUCCGCUAUCUAUAGCGGAGGUCAACUUUAACUUUUAAUUUUUAAUUAAGAUUGACGCCACCUCCUGUCUCAAAUCUCCGUCACAAUGCUGAGAAGGGGGGUCAUCACCCAGAGCGUCUGUAAGAAUGUCACCCUCUACCUCAACCAAGCUGGGCUGUCGCCUGCCUCUAGCGCGCAGACCCCGGCGGACCCCCUACCCACCAAGCCCCUGUUAUUGAUGCUCCCAUGGCUGGGCUCUCGACCUCAUGCUGUUGCCAAGUACUGCGAAACAUACUUCCGCCUGGGCUUUGACGUGCUGAUGGUGCAGAGCAAUGUGAAGGAUUUCCUCUGGCCACGGUGGGGAUUGGAAAACACUGAGAGGCUAUUGGAUCUGCUGCAUACUGAUCGCUUUGUGUCGCGCCCACUACUGGUGCACGCCUUCUCCAUUGGCUGUUACACUUUCUCUCAGAUGCUGGUGCACGUUUCCCAAAAUCCAGAGAAAUACGAGGCCUUCCCUGGCAGGAUUAAAGGUCAUGUUUACGACAGCGCUGUAGUGGGAACAGUGGAGAAGAUGGCUAAAGGUUUAGGCAUAACCGUGUUCCCCCACUGCGAGAAGUUGGUGACCAAAGCAAGCCUUUUAUACUUCAGCGCCUUCAAGCGCCAAACGGUGGAUCACUUCAACAGGGGCAUCGAGGUGUUCAAGAGCACGCCGGUGCGGGCUCCCGUCCUGUUCUUCUUCUGUGAAAACGACCCGCUGAGCGACCACUUGGCCGUGGAAGAAAUACUGGACUUGUGGCGCAAGCGUGGCAUGGACGUGACGGGCAAGAGCUGGGAGGAUUCCACCCACGCAGGCCACCUCAGGAGGCAUCCUAAGGAAUACCAGCUGGUUCUCGACAACUUCCUGUACUCUCUCAAGCUCAGCGCCCUGCAGUCCAGGAUGUAGUCCAGGAUGUAGUCCAGGAUGUAGUCCAGGAUGUAGUCCAGGAUGUAGCUCUGUGUGGACGUUUUGGAGCUCCGACAGCAACAGGGUUGUCUGUAUUUUUUUGCCCCAAUAAAUACCAACUAUCUUUCAUGGCAUGUUCUUGAAAGAAGAAUAUGCAUUUGCAAAAGUCUGUUUAGAGGU